GAAAGUAGAAGCAGCGGAGAGGAUCUUUUGACAAGUUAACAGGGAGGGGUUGUGCGAUCAAAAUCUUAUACUUUUGAUAGAUCAAACAAAACAAAACCAAACCUCUUACUACUCAUGAAUGGUCCUUCGGAGAAACACUGAAAAGAAGCGACAGGAGAGGAACAAGAAUAAAGACUUUUCCCUUUAUCAGGUCAAAAAGGAGAAAGCCACUACAGUACACACACUCAUAAUUCCACCAACAGUCAAUAAACAAAUAUAUACAUUUAGUCGUUUUAAAUAAAAUCAAGCAGAAAUUCCUCAUAUAAAAUAUGACCAAAACAGAAUUAAUGUUAAUAUUUAUGAGUAGUCAAAACAAACGCACCUCUCUUUUCUUCUUUUCGUCAUUCAUAAAGUGAAAACAACACAUAAAGCGAGCAGAGAAACAGUCUAAAACAUUCUUUCUUGCACUAAAGAGAGGAGCUGCAGACAAACAAAGGAGGUUAAUUCUCUUUCUAUCUUUAUUUCUCUCUCUGUGAAAUCAUCACUUUGUUUUCUUUUUCUCCUCACUUUUCAUCUUCUGAGUUAAUGGAUGCUGCUAAGUGGUCACAGACAAUAAAAGCUAUAUUUUCUUUCUCUUUUCAUUCGUUCUCAAUUAUAUUCAUGGAGGGUGCAAGUACCAUAAGUAUGAGGAUGAUCAAUCCUUUUUGGAAGGGUCUUCAGGAUAUUGGUUUGGUGAAGCCCAUGGAAGAGAUGGUUUCUAAUACAUGCACAAGGGGAAUGUUAGAGAGAAAGACAAGGCCACCAGAGCAAUUGAAUUGCCCAAGAUGUAACUCUACCAACACCAAGUUCUGUUACUACAACAAUUACAGCCUCACUCAGCCAAGAUACUUCUGCAAGACUUGCAGAAGGUACUGGACUGAAGGUGGGUCGCUCAGGAAUGUUCCUGUUGGAGGUGGUUCGAGAAAGAACAAAAGAUCUACAAUAUCAAGCUCGUCAUCUUCUUCAGCUGCGGCCAAAGUUCCUGAUCUAAACCCACCAAGUUUCUCACAGCCAAAGUCCCAUAAAAGCCAGGAUCUUAAUCUGGCUUUCCCUGCUAUGCAAGAGAGUCAUGGUAUGUCCCAAUAUCUACAGGUAUCUAAAAUUGAAAACAACUACUCCUCUUCUUGCAAUACUUCAUCCCCCCUUUCAGCUUUGGAACUGCUCAGGACUGGAAUGGCACCAAGGGGAUUGAAUUCUUUCAUUCCAGCACCGACACCAGACUCAACUACACUGUACUCAACUGGAUUCUCUAUGCAAGACUAUAAACCGAUCCUUGGUUUUUCAAUUGAUGGACAUGGAAGUAGGGCUGGUAUCCAUGGUGUUCAAGAGAAUGGAGGAAGGCUUUUCUUCCCUUUUGAAGAAAUGAAGCCAAUUUCAAGCACAAAUGAAGUUGACCAAAAUAAGGGACAAGGCAAUUCAGCUGGAUAUUGGAACAAUGGAAUGUUAGGUGGAGGAUCAUGGUAAAGAAAGAAGGAACUGCUUUUUCCCACUCUUUUCACAUGGUUGAUUCCCCGUUUAAAGUUGUUUAGAACUAACAGAUUAUAGGAUACGUAAUGGUUUUCUUUGCUUUUAUUUCCUUCUCACCUCUGAACAACGUAAACGGAUUGGAGCCAUUUGGGUUUGGUUUCAAUAGGCUGUCCUAUGUUUACGUGUGGAUGGAAGAAAAAGAAAAGUGAACACUGGGCUGUGAUUUUGUAUCAGAACUAGGACUGCUACAGUGUUGUGUCUGAAUCUAAAGAGUUGUUCAAAUAAUUGGUUUCUAGUUUGUAGGCUAGGCAUAGAGGGAAAGUUUGUUUUCAAAACUCGGAGUUUCUUGACAUACCAUUGAAGACGCUCCAUCGUACUAUUAAUUGCAAGGCCAAUUAUUAUUGCUGUUUGCCCUUCACUUAGAUUCCAACGUGGGUGAUGGCCUUAAAUUUUUUUCCUUUUCCGGAUGACUGGCUCCUAUGAAAUUCACUCCAUUUAUGCUUCUAACAUCUCAUUGGCAGCAUUGAAAGACCUUAAUUAAAGAUCGGUGGUGAACCUUUUGAAUAGGAAACUACAAUACAAAGGCAUCCCACCUGCCACGUGCCACCCAAGUCUUAUUUGGGAACAAUUAGCAAAUUGUACUUUGAAAAAACCAGUUUACCUACUCCAACUAUAGUACUUAAUUUUUAUUUUUUGAUGCCCACUAAGUUUAAUUUAAAGCCAUUUGAAGAGGCAGCUAGCAGCUCUAACGUUAUAUCCCAUUUCUUUAAG